GCGCUGUCAGAACUGGAUUGGGCCGCGGCGAGGACGGAAGCAGCCCAAGGGCCGGAGCGACUGGAGCCGGGCCGGGGCGAUGUGGAGCGCGGGCCGCGGCGAGUCUGCCGGGCCGGUGCUGUUGGGGCUGCUGCUGGCGCUCUUAGUGCCGGGCGGUAGUGCUGCCAAGACUGGCGCGGGGCUCGUGACCUGCGGGUCGGUGCUGAAGCUGCUCAAUACGCACCACCGGGUGCGGCUGCACUCGCACGACAUCAAAUACGGAUCCGGCAGCGGCCAGCAAUCGGUGACCGGCGUGGAGGCGUCGGACGACGCCAAUAGCUACUGGCGGAUCCGCGGCGGUUCGGAAGGCGGGUGCCCGCGUGGGUCCCCGGUGCGCUGCGGGCAGGCAGUGCGGCUCACGCAUGUGCUUACAGGCAAGAACCUACACACGCACCACUUCCCGUCACCGCUGUCCAACAACCAGGAGGUGAGUGCCUUUGGGGAAGACGGCGAGGGUGACGACCUAGACCUAUGGACAGUGCGCUGCUCUGGACAGCACUGGGAGCGUGAAGCUGCUGUGCGCUUCCAGCACGUGGGCACCUCUGUGUUCCUGUCAGUCACGGGUGAGCAGUAUGGAAGCCCCAUCCGUGGGCAGCAUGAGGUCCACGGCAUGCCCAGUGCCAACACGCACAAUACGUGGAAGGCCAUGGAAGGCAUCUUCAUCAAGCCUAGUGUGGAGCCCUCUGCAGGUCACGAUGAACUCUGAGUGUGGGAUGGAUGGAUGGGUGGAUAGAAGGUGGCAGGUGGGGUGUCUGCAGGGCCACUCUUGGCAGAGACUUUGGGUUUGUAGGGGUCCUCAAGUGCCUUUGUGAUUAAAGAAUGUUGGUCUAUGA